CAUGUCAAUUUUUGGAGAAUUCUAUAUCUGCUGUCGUGACUGCUGCUAUUUUGGGGGCAGCGCCAGCCUGUGGUUAGUUAUGAUGACUACUCACGGCCAUCAAUUAACAGGUCCCGCGAUUCUAUAAAAGUUGUCAUCUUGGGCGCUAGGCGGUUUAGUUGGAUGGCAGUUCUUGGCCGCGAAAGCUUAAGGAUAUUUUAGAGAAAUGAAUUUUCAAACAUUAUCCUGCCUCCUUUUUCUGAAGUUGUUCGUUGUGGAAUCGACUUUGUUAUUUCAAACCAACUCGGAAUUCGGCAUCUUUAUGGCCAUAUCGGUGCCACUUACUUUGAAGAACCGCAAUGUGUUCCUUUCGUACAACUAUGAAUUCAACUACUACCAGCCCGAGCACGUCUACAAGUAUCCUCCGAUAUUGAUGGGGGACAACUGGGAGGAUAGUUAUUUGACGUAUAACACCACCGGCGGUGAUGGUAGUAGCAGCAGCAGCAGCAGGUCCUUUCGUUCUGUGAACGAUAGUAGUUCAAUCAAAAAACGAACUAUACCGAUCAUGAGUCGAACGAAUUUUUACAUAAUGCUCAAGGAUAAAUUGGAUAGAACAGGAUACCCUGCUGAGUCCUGUCUGCUUCGCUUGAUUUGCGAAACGAAUUCCUCAACACUUGGCCAAGUCAAUGGACUCUUGGGCAGCAUAGUGCAUAUCUUGUUCACACCCAGCAGCUCCAGUGACGAGAAUCUCGACAAAGCUUACUACCAAGCUGAAUGGGAUGGACUUCGGUACGGCGACUGCUCAUCUUAUGCGAGCCAAUGGAAGUUCUGGAUAGACGGAAUGGAAGACUGUAAACUGGAUAGUAACUCAGGCGCCUACAGUUUGAUCUGCAUUAAACCAAUUCGACCCGACAUCGAUUUCCAAUUCUUCGUUUUAAUUAACAGCUUCUUGGCCACGCACCUUUCUUGUCGACUUUUGCCCAAGGCGGCCUCCAGUUGGUUCUAAAACGCUCACAGUCGAACAUCGGAAAUUGCCUACCAUUGGAUAUUUUUGAAUUUUGUCAAUACCAUGUACAGAACUUUGAUAUUUGCACCUUUUCUUUUCCUU